AGUAUUUAUCUCGCAAAACUCAAACAUACAUACAUCAAUAUUCCUCAACUCUUGUAUGUAAAUUAAAUGCAUGUUUAAACGUAGCGUUGAUUUAACGAAAAGUGUAUCCGCCUUAUUUUAACGAUGAAGUAAAUACUGCAACAGCUGCGGCUACAACAAAAAUACACAUUUGUACGUACACAUAUAUAGAUGCUUUCACAGAAAACAUGCUUUUAGUAUUAUCACAGCAAAGGCAGCAUGUAUUUUAAAUACUCAUCUAAAGAAAGGAAAAUAAAUCAGUAAGAAUGACGGGUAAUACAAUUCAGAAAGAUAGUUCCAUGACCAAAUAUUGGAACAAAUCAUCGAAAUCUGAUAGUAUACAAAUUCGCAUAAUUAAUUCAAGCGAUCACGACAGAGUGCUGUAUUUUCUACGUACGCACUAUUAUCAAGAGGAACCUUUGACCAUUGGAUGUGAACCAAAGGAACAAGAUCCAGAAGAUGAGAAAUUUAAUAUGUCACAAAUUGUUCACGGAACAUGUUUAAUGGCAGUGAGGGAAGAGCAAAUUAUUGGUGUUUUGAUAUCGGGACCAAAGACCAGCAACGAAGCUGAGCAUUUGUUUGAAGAUGCCGCACAUUUUGGAUCCACAAAGUGGGGUGCAGCACUUCAGAUUUUAGGCUGUUCAGAGCGCGACUCCAAUGUGUAUAAGACGUAUAAUGUUUCAAAGGCAAUACAUAUUCAUAUUUUAGCUGUAGACGCUAAACUUCGUGGUCGUGCUAUCGGUGCAAGUCUCAUAGAAGAGUUAAAAAUUAUAGGUAGGCAGCUUGGAUAUCCAUUGCUAACUCUAGAUUGCACAAGUUACUAUUCUGCAAAACUUUGCGAACGUUUAAAUAUGGAUUGUGUAAAUGUGAUAAAAUAUUCAAAUUACUUGGACAAAGAAGGUCAUCCUGUUUUUAAACCUCCACCACCGCACGAGUACCUCAAAACAUUUGCUAUGAAAUUAUAAAUGCCACAAUUAAGAGUUCACAACAAAAACUGCAUCAACGGAACGACAACAACAGUUUCAGUUGCAAUGUUAUCAAUGCACCGAUGUGCAUAACAGCUGAUAAAGUUUGUUGCAAAACGAGUGUGUUCAAUAAGUUCUCGAUUAAAACAUUUAUCGGUAUCGGUACUAAUAGUAUUUACAGAGAACGUAUAUUAUUCUACGUUCUCUCAUAUAACUGUAGUUUACAUCUACUUAAAAUGAAUUUACGGCAACGGUUAUUAUGCUGCUUAUGUAAACAAAUUCUAGGUCAAUUCACACACUGUAAUAGCAAGAAUAAAAAAAAGCAAAAAA